GUGGUGGUCUGGGUGGAGUUACGUUUCCGUCACUGACAACUGGCAACCCUCCCCACGACCCAACAGGUGUCCUCCUCCUCCGUCACUAAUUCCGCCAUCCGCGCCGCGAACUUAACGCUCUCUUGCUUUUACUUCGUUACCUCGUUCAAACUCCAGCCGGGUCGCCUUGGAAAUCAUUUCCACAAAUGAUGCACUCUGCGCAGAAAGACACCACCUUCACCAAGAUCUUUGUGGGAGGCCUUCCUUACCACACCACCGACUCCAGCCUCAGAAAGUACUUCGAGGUGUUUGGAGACAUCGACGAAGCUGUUGUGAUCACUGACCGGCAGACGGGGAAGUCCAGAGGUUAUGGCUUUGUGACCAUGGCUGACAGGGCCUCAGCUGACCGAGCCUGUAAGGACCCCAACCCUAUUAUAGAUGGAAGGAAAGCCAAUGUGAACCUGGCCUACCUGGGGGCCAAACCCAGAGUCAUCCAACCAGGGUUUGCAUUCGGCAUGCCUCAGAUCCAUCCAGCGUUCAUCCAAAGACCGUACGGGAUUCCAGCCCACUACGUCUACCCUCAAGCCUUUGUCCAACCCAGCGUGGUGAUCCCUCAUGUGCAACCCUCUGCUGCUUCAGCAACAGCAGCAGCUGCUGCUGCAACAUCCCCGUACCUCGACUAUACUGGAGCAGCUUAUGCCCAGUACUCUGCUGCCACUGCUGCUGCCGCUGCCGCUGCUUACGAGCAGUAUCCUUAUGCAGCCUCGCCAGCACCCACAAGCUACAUGACUACUGCAGGGUAUGGUUACACUGUCCAACAGCCGCUUGCUACCGCUGCCACUCCAGGAGCUGCUGCUGCUGCAGCAGCCUUUAGCCAGUAUCAGCCCCAGCAGCUGCAGGCAGAUCGCAUGCAGUAAAAUCCACCAAUACAACUUUUACUGUGGAGAAAAUGGGGAGGUUCACUGACUCCUUAAAAUGAAUGAGGUAAAUUGAUAGUUCACAUUUUUUAAAGUGGAGUUCAAUGGAAAGUGUUUGAACAAUUGGUUUCAUACCUAUUAUAAUAUUUCUGCUCAGAAAAGCUUAUUAAGGGAUCGUUUACAGCUACAUGCAGGUCUGGAACUACAGAAUCUAUUCAUUCUAAGUCGUUUUAAGCUGUCAGAGGUUCACUUUGGUCUUGUCCCUACUCUGACAAACCUUGAAUUUGUGCAUCUGAUCUGGUUUUGUUGACCCCUCCCCCAAACCAAGCAUUUGUACAGGAUCCCAAACUGUCCCUUUAGGAGAGGCAGACUCUUGGUUCUAACUGAGCAGAUUUUCUACCAAAGAGCCUGAAGGGGAAAUAUGAGGGUGGAUAAUAAAUAGCUGCAUAAUUUUACUCAAGUGAGAUCAGUAUUGGAUGUAAAUGAAUAUUUGAUAUUUAUUUAACAUUAGCAUAUCUCACGUUAACCGAACGAGGCUAACUGGCUCGCAUGUGAACAUUUAUCUUUAUAUCGUUAUUAAUACACUGCAGUGCAUUUAUGUCUUAUGCAGGUUUUUCCCCAAUACAAAAAAAUAACAUAACCCUUGCGUCCACAUGAGAACAGUGCUUUGUCCUUCAGUUUUCAGUGUUUUGGACCAUGUUUUUUGUUUGUUAAAGCUGUACACAUUAGGGAGAAAAACAAAGAGGGCUGUUUCUUCAUUUUUAAGGAAUUGGAGUUAGAGUAGCUAACUGAUAUGCUUCCCUUUAUAGAUGGAACAUAGUAAAAAUUACAGCUGAAGCUGGAAAAAGCACUCAGAAUAAUUUCUCUAUUUGUAUUACAUUACAGGUUUACAAAAUGGGGAAUAAACACUGUUGAAUGUGAAUUGCUCAUUUUGAUAAAAAUAUAUGAUUGUGUUCCUUUUAAAUUAUGAUAUUUAUGUAUUUAUUCUGGAGCCUUAGAGCAAUAAACCCUUUAACACAUUUGAACAUCUUCAUAUUUGCUGCUACAUGUGUCAUGAUGGAUAUGCAUGUGCUGGAAUGUAAGUGUGGUUUAUCUAAGUGCUGUUCUGUACAAAGAACACGUUCAAAACAUUUUUUCUGUUUCUGUUGUUUAGGUGUUGUCUCUGAGGUUUGUGACUCUUGAACUAAUCUUUUUAUACUUGACCAGUUUGAUAAAACAAAGUAGUUGCAUGAACAACUUUUUAAAUAUUUCUAACAUUUUUGUCUAAUGACAUUAAAAGUUUUCAAAUGCAGGGAGAGCCCCUAUUUUACCUUGUGUUGCAUGAUUCAGAAUAAUGUAAUUUGGGAAAUAAAAUUUUAUUCAUUUUCGA